CAGACUUCGAGGCCUCGACGGGGGUGAAAUGGCGGAGCUUCUUCACCGACGUACCUGACGACGGCAACUGCAUGAUGCACGCUGUUUGGUUGGGGCUCAGCUCCCUACUCAAGUACUACCCGAGCUUGAAGGUGGACGAGGAGCCUGCGCUGGCAGCGAGUGCCGGGGAGUUCAGGCGAGACGCGGUGGAGCUGAUGAGGAAGGAUGGCGGGUACCGUGAGGCCGUGCUCAAUCAGCUACAGCUCUGGCUGAGCGUCGACUGUGACCUGCUCUUCGGGCUGGAGGAUUUCUUCGUCCUCCCUCCCUCCCUCCAGAGCGUCGUGGUGGAUCUGAACCAACAGGUCCAGCUAGGGGGAGCAGACCCGUCGCUGGUGGACUACGAGGAGCUGGUUGAGCUCUACAUGAAGUCGCUGCUCGAGGAGCAGGAGGACAGCGGGAAAAAGUUCUUCAUGCCCCUCGGCGAGCUCGAACUCGAUGCCCUCUGCCGCAUCUACAAGAUCCGACUGCAGGUCAUCAAGACUGAAUCGCUGGAGCUCAUCGCUGAAGGCUCAAGGAGGAUGCAGGACGUGAGCCCGGAAGACGAGGAGCACGUGAAGAGGAGCGUGGCCCCAGCUCUCAAGGAGCUGGAGGAGAAGAGCUCUUGCUCGGAAGAUGCUCGGGAGGCAGUGGACACCGUCCUCCUGUACUUGAACAAUAUCCUAGACAGUCGGGACGACCACAAGUUUCGCAGCAUUCGAGCAGGGAACGCUGGUUUUCAGCGGCGAGUGGGGAAGAAGGAGGGAGGUUGCGACCUGAUGGCAAGCGUUGGGUUCACCAGAGAGACGGUGAAUGACGAGGACACGUUCGUCAUGAAGGAAAUCCCCAGCUGGAUCCCAGCAGCUCGUCGAGAGCUCCAGGACUUCUUGGCGAAGAAAGGUGAUCUCACGCGACUUGUCGAUCCUCGAACCAUCCGCCCUGAAUUCAUCUACGACAGAAACCGAGAGCAGGGCUCGAGAUUCGUCCGCAUCCUCAACGUGCGGACCAACCACUAUCAGGUGCAUCUCCCGCGACCUCCCUGAAGGAACGAGAGGAAGAGAAGUCAGGAGGAGGAGGAUAAGUCAAGACUGAGGAGGAGCCGGCCGGGCCCUCACUGCCGGGCCUCAGCGGCCCGGAGAGUCCGACGGUCACCCAUGAUACCGACCGCUCAACUUAGUCGAGCCUGAGGACUUCGAUUGCGGGGAGUCCGACUGAGUAAACCCGGCGGCUCUUCUUCUG